AUGGAUCUCAAGGACCCUCCUGUCAAUCGACGCCACCCAAAAUUCACCUUGCAGAGUUCUAGAAUCGACGUAGUAGACGAGAAAGGCAUCAAUGACACCCUCACCAUCUACAUUCGAGGAUUAAACCUCAAACUCCUCGUGUCCCUGCAGCCUCAAACAGGAUUCAAAAGGCGGCAAACUCCUGGCCCUGGCAUUCUUUUCCCCGGUAAGCUGGAAAAUCCGGGGUAA